AUGCCUUUCGUUCACGUCGCGUGGCUCCCGAAAGCGUGCCGCACCCCGGAGAUUCGCAAGGAGGUCGCAUCGGCGAUCAUCAAAGCCGUCACCGCGGUCAAGGGCGCGGAGAUCACCCCGGACAAGGUCGUCGUCCGAUUCAGCGAGGCCGUGGACGGAUUCGCGCUCCCUCCCGGUCACACGCACGAGAACGUGGACCAGCCCGUCGCGAAGAAGUAA